GAAAAGAAGAUGAAAUCUUCGAACAUAUUUUUGUGAUAUAUUUAAAACAAUUUUUUUGGUUAAACUACACAUAUUGUUUUAUAAAAAUUAAUACGUGACCGCUGAAAUUUCAUAUACAAGUGAAAAAAAUUUGAUUAACUCCUGGUUUUCGAAAAUAAAACGUUAUUGAAAAACAGGCGGUGUACGACGGGCCCCUGAGUGCUGUGAGCUAAAAGAGAGUGUAGUGUGUUGCAUGCAGUGUGCCGACUUUGCAUGCGGCUGCUGCCAUAAGAGCCCCAACCACGAGCAGCUGUCAAACGGGAGCAGAAAAUUCUCGCACAAACUGUUGGUAAAAGAACGGCAUGCACUUGCGGCUACCAGCAGCAGUACGAACGUAUAUAAGAAUUAAAAGUUACAUUUGGAUUACGCGAUUUUUCAUUAUUCGGCUGCUGUACAAUAUUACUUUAUAGAAGAUCGCUUAUAAAUUUAAUAUAUAUUUUGAUUGCUGCACACGCUAACUAACCGUAACUAUACCACCUACUGCCAGGCGAAGCUGAAGCCACACUUUUGUUGCAAACAUGGAUGUCUAUGAUGUUAGUGAUGAUCUUGUCAAGAAGCUGAACGAUUGGAAGCUUAUUGGCAUAAUAUCAGGCAAAUUUAAUGAACUGAAAGAAAACUAUUCUAAAGUUAACUUUGUUGAACAUGUACUGAUCGAUUUUAAAUAUAUUGACAAAAUAAUGUUAAAUAACAAAUUGCGCGAGGAGAAGUGCGAUAAAAAGAGCUCCGAAUAUCGUAUGCUGGGAAACGAGCAAUUUUCGCUAAAAAAUCGCAAAUAUUUUCAAGCAUUAGAGCUCUACAAUAAAAGUAUUUGCUAUUCGGAGCCUGGUUCAGAGAAUCUCUCUAUCGGAUACGCUAAUCGCUCGGCGGUGCUUUUUGAAUGGAAACGCUUUCGUGAGUGUCUAGUUAAUAUUGAACUGGCACGUAAAGCCAAUUAUCCAGAACGUUUAAUGCAUAAACUCGAUAAACGCGAAAAUGACUGUCGCCAACUGCUGGCAACACAAGCGCCCGAUGUUCAACCAUAUGAAUUUCAAAUGUCCUUUGAACCACAUCCACAAGUACCCAUCAUUGCGGAUUGUCUCGAAAUGCAAUAUACCGAAGAAGAGGGCCGGUUUAUCACCACGAAACGUGAUCUGGUCGUUGGUGAUCUAGUUGCCACCGAAGAGCCAUUCUGUUCAACACUCUUGCCACCGAUGCGGUAUAUACGUUGUGCCACCUGCAAAGUGGAAAACUACUUAUCACUUAUACCCUGUGAGAGCUGUUGCUCGGUGAUGUUCUGCUCGGAGCAAUGUCGCGAACGCGCUGUCGCCACUUUUCAUAAAUACGAAUGUCCCAUCAUCGAUUUACUGCAUAAUAUGUUCAAUAAAAUUCAUGGCAUUGCGUUGCGCGUGUGCCUAUCAGCAAUAGAAAUCUUCCCCACCAUUGAAGAGUUGAUGGCGUUCUGUGAGGAUCCUGAAAAUCAAAAUAAGUCUGCAUUCGAUUUGGACUUUACGAAUUUUACGCCACGCGAACAUUAUCGCGCCAUACAUGGACUAGUGACGAAUCGUCAUUUACGUUCCGUAUCGGAUCUAUUUCAGCGCUCAGUGGUGUGCGCAGUACUGAAGCAUUUUGUUAUCGAGUUUACGCCAUUAAAAGAAUACCUUGGCGGUGAAGAGGGUGAAAACUUUUUCACCGAACUAUUAUUCAGACAUCUGCAGACAUCGCCAUCGAAUAUGCACGGCAUCGAUUUGGUGGAACAGGUGAAUGAGACAAAUGACGAUACCACACAUUCAUCCGGUGCUUUUGCCUUUCUUUCGCUGCUCAAUCAUUCGUGUGCACCGAAUACACUACGCGUAUACCUGGGCACCAAGGCAUAUCUCUUUGUCUUCCGUCCAAUACCUGCCGGCGGAGUGCUGUACGAUACAUAUGGUGUACAUUUUGCCGUCACUACACGUGCGCAGCGUAUACAAAAACUAUCUUUGCAAUAUCAUUUCACCUGUAAAUGUGAAGCCUGCGUUAACGACUACCCCAACUAUGUGCAUAUGCAACCUAAAAUAUCCGUGCCCUAUGCGAAUGAUGAGACGGACAAUGACAGUCUGAUACGUUAUGACUAUGAUUUCGCCAUGGAUAAUUACCGUAAAUACUGUGAAUUCCUGACGAAACAUGCGAACGCCUACCCCUGCGCCCAGAUCAGCUCAGCAGAGGAAUGCUUAAAAAUGGCAUUGCACAUACUCGUCGAUGCGGUGCCGUUAAAAGCUAAAAUGUAAACUGCUUAAGCCACCAGAAACACACAUCUAGCCACAAGCACGCAACAUAUGUAUGCUAACAAUGUUCGCUUGCAAUAAGUCAAAUUUUCUUUAGUUUUUUUUUUUAUUUUUCAAUUGAUUCAUAAAUUUGGAACACAACAUCAACACACACACAAAAAGUUGCAUUUGCAUAUAUUUAGUAUAUUUAUAUAGACGAUGAAAUAUGUUGCCAUUAAUGAUGAAAUCGAUGUGACGUAAAGGAUUUUCGGCUAAAAACAUCAUCAAAUGUUGAUACUUGUGACGUAAUCGUAUUUUUUUCUAAAACGCGAAGUGUGCGCGUACAUACUGGCAUGUGUCGAGUGUUAAGAAAAACCAAGCAAUUUAUUCGGCGCUCAAAGUGUUGCACAUUCAAUGGCGGCUUGCAUAACAACCGACACUCUGGGAAGCAUUAGUGCGGCAGCGUUUUUAGCACCUUAUUGGUGUGGCCACACAGAAAUGCACGCAUAAAAACCAUAUCCAAUUGCAAAAAAAUAAUUGUUACAACUUUUCACUUUCAUACAUAUGUAUAGAAAUAUUUGUGUGCAGUGGUAUGUAGGUAUAUGAAAUUAAAACAAAAAAAAACAAGAAUUGUAUUCGUUUUGCGGCAUUUUGCAUCAGUAUAACGCCAACAAACACAACAUAAGUUUUAUAUAUAUUAACAUAUUGAACAACUUCAUUUAGUCUUAACUACAAACUUAUAUACUAUGCUGCUGAAGUAUGUUUUUGAAAAAGCUUUUUGUGUAUAUUUUCUGUGCCGCACGGUAAAACGGUAUUACUACUUCGAACAACAAGUCAAAAUGUAGCAAAAUAAUUCGAUAUUAAAAGCGAAGUGCGUUUGUUUGAUUUAUACGUAAAAAAAAUUUUUUGCAAAGCAUAAAGUAUAAGUAUACAAAAAAAAAUAAUUUAAUAAAAGAUAGAGUUUGAUAUGACAUUCGAAAGCUAUGUAAAAAAUAUUUAAUUGCAAUAUAAAGUUUUUCCACAAAUGUUUACUUUUGAAGUGUAGAAAAUGUGAAAUUUGACGGUUUUUCUCAAAUACAAUUUUUUUAGCGUAGUGUUUAAGCCGAUAUCUGAUAUUAGCAUAGUUUUCGAACGCAAAAAAAAAAAUAUUUGUACAUUACACUCAGCGAAGUGGCUAAAACUCAAAACUAGUGGCAUUAACUUGCUUGCGUAUGACGAAUACAAGUGCUACAUAUUGGUUAAAAAACUCAAACAAAUUGUAUGAUUUCAUGCAAGUAACGGUAAAUGACUGAAAAUACACACAAAAGGUUUCUUAACAAUUUCUAAUCAAUAUCGUGUAUAAAUGAAACACAUUAUUUUUAAAUUUUCAUUAUUUCUAGUGUUUAUUCUUAAAUAUUUUCAAUACAUUUAGUGCACUACAGUGCGUUCUUAAAUCUUAUUUUCCUUUUUAAUAUUAUUUUUCUUGUUUUUAACAAACCAUGUAAUUUCUAAUUUAUUCUAAAGCAUUUUAUUGUAUGUUAAAGCAGUUAAAAAGAUAUAAAAGCAAAGCAAAACAAAAAAAAAGUAAACGAAACAAAUAUUAAGUAAACCAGAAAGCAACAACACUAACUUCACAAAGCAAACCCAAAUGAAAAAAUAAUAAUAAAAUACAAUUUAUUUUAAUAGAUGAAACUAA